CACGCGUCGGGGGUGGGUGCCACACGCCAACGCUCGCGGUCGCCCCAGCCUCGGCUCGCCCCGGCCUCGCCCACGCGCCGCGGGGCCGAUGGCGGCCGCGCCCGCGGCCCAGAUGGAGAAGCCGAAGCACCCGCCGCCCGCCGCGAGCGGCCCGCGACUGCGCGCGGCCGGAGGAGCGGCGCCUGGCGCGGCCCUGUCAUGGCUGCCGCCUCGCAGGCCGCCAGAGUACUGUCGGAGGGCGCUGAGGAGGACGUGGCCUUCCAGAGCCUGCGCACCUCGUCGUCGGCGCCGGCGCUCCUGCCCACGCGGGCGGGACCGGAGGUGCCGAUCGGCGAGCCGCCAUCGUCGAUCGGCGCCGAGCGGCGCACCACCGUGGUGUUUCGCAACGUGCCCUAG